AUGACCGUGGCCACUGCGGACAUCAAGGUGGUGCCCCUGGACAUGGCCCACAACUCCUUUGAUGACCAGUACCUCAACUGUGGCCCUGCCAUGACUGCGGCCUUGCCAGACCUCAAGCGCUCCGACUUCCAGACAAACCCUCUUUUUUCCCAGGCCUGGGAGAAGGCCACACUCGAGUGGCAGAAACGAGGUUCCUAUUCAUCCUUUCUGACCAAAGACCAGGCCAUCGCCCUCAUGGUCUACACAAUGAAUGACGUGUACAAUUCGUUCAACAAGGCUGUGCGUGAGGCUGGACGGUCCUGCCAGGAGUACCGGUACAACUUCCACUUCAAAACGCUGCAUUUCCUUCUCACCCAGGCCCUCCAGAAGCUGAGAUGCCCUAAUAAAUGUCUGGAUGUGUUCCGGGGAGUGAGGAAUACCCAGUUCAAUGUGAAAUAUGGUGAUAAAGUCCGCCUUAGUCAAUUCACUUCAUCAUCACUGAAUAAAUCGGUGGCCGAAUAUUAUGGGACAGACACGAUGUUCGAGGUGCGCACGUGUCUCGGAGCGCACAUUGAGAAAUUCUCCUUCAAUCAAAGUGAGAAGGAGGUGCUGAUCCCACCCUUUGAGACCUUUGAGGUUACCAAAGUGACCAGGGAAGGGAAGAAGGUGCAGAUUGUGCUUCGCUCCACUGGGAACUUCAGCAACUACAACUGCGAGUGGCUGCGAGGUGGGAGCCUCAUCAGGAAUUCCCCCACCUUGGGAGGGUCUUUUCCUGGCAACCGUGGUCAUGGCAGUGGCCAUUGGAACUCUCUAAGCCACAAGGCCACCAAGGUCGCGGUGGUUGUGGAGGCCACUGUGGAAGGCCACCAGGAUGAAGACCACCAGGAUCCCCAGAUAAAUGAAGCCACCAAAGCUACAGAGGCCAUUAUGACCACUAUGGUCCCUUUUUCCCAGUUGACCCAUGAUGUCACCAUGCACACUGUGACUACUGUGUUCACAGCAAUUACUGAGACCACCAUUGACACCAUGGCUAUCAAGGAGACCAAGGUCACCGUGGCCACCACAGCCACUGUGGCCACCACGGUCACUGUACCAAGUGGUCAGAGCGGCUCUGGUGGCUCAGGGAGUCUUGGUAUUCACAGCGGCCUUGGUGGUUAUACAGACCAUGGUGUCCAGAGUGCCUCUGAUGGCUGCAGUGACCUCAAGGUGGCGAUAGCUGCCAAGGUGGCCUAUUACAGCGACCUGAGGAGGUCGCUGGGGUGA